UCUCUGCUCGGCUCCAUGGCGCAGGCGCGCGCGCUGCUCGGCUACCUGCUGCUGGGGCUCGGCCUGGCGCUGCCCGGCGACCCCGCGGAUGUCUUCCAGUGAAUCUGAAUAUUUACCCUUUGUCUGACACAAAGGUGUGGCAACAACACGGAGGCUGAGAGGAUCGUUCGGGAUCAGCUUUCAUUGCUGGUGUCUGGGACUUGGACCUUUCUGUGUGUACUGAAUCCGUGUUGGCUAUAACUUGGAAGAGGACGCUUUUGGCACGUGACUGACCUACACUUGGACCCUACUUACCACAUCACAGAUGACCACACCAAGGUGUGCAAUUCGUCCAAAGGCGCCAAUGCCUCCAACCCGGGCCCCUUCGGGGAUGUUCUGUGUGAUGCUCCGUAUCGACUCAUUUUGUCAGCUUUUGACUUUAUUAAGAAUUCAGGGCAAGAAGCGUCUUUCAUGAUCUGGACGGGCGAUAGCCCACCUCACGUUCCGGUUCCCGAACUGUCCACAGACGCUGUCGUAAAGGUGAUUGCUAACAUGACAGUGACCAUCCAGAGCUUCUUUCCGAAUCUCCAGGUGUUCCCUACACUGGGCAAUCAUGACUACUGGCCACAGGAUCAGCUGCCCAUAGCCACCAGUCAGGUGUACGACGCCGUGGCCGACCUCUGGAAAGCGUGGCUGGAUGAAGAGGCCCUGAGUACCCUCAGGAAAGCUGGCUUUUAUUCACAGAAAGUCCCGGGUAACCCAAACCUGAGGAUCGUCAGUCUGAACACGAACUUGUACUAUGGCCCCAACGCUGUGACCUUGAACCAGACGGACCCCGCACACCAGUUUGAAUGGCUGGAAAAUACCCUGACUAGCUCUCAGCAAAACAAAGAGAAGGUGUUCCUCAUUGCGCAUGUGCCCGUGGGCUACCUGCCCCAGUCCACGGGCAUCACUGCGGUGCGGCAGUACUACAACGAGCGGCUGGUGGCGCUGCUCCGGAGGUACAGCGCUGUCGUCGCCGGGCAGUUCUACGGCCACAUGCACAGGGACAGCCUCAUGGUGCUUUCCGACGGAGAAGGACGGCCAGUGAGUUCUCUGUUUGUGUCUCCUGCUGUUACACCAGUGAGGAAUGUUUUAGAAAAGGAAACCAACAAUCCGGGUGUCCGCCUCUUCCAGUACAACCCUGGAGAUUACACGUUAUUGGACAUGUUGCAGUAUUACUUGAACCUGACAGAAGCAAACCUGAAGGGCGAAUCCAACUGGAAGCUGGAGUACAGCCUGACUCAGACCUACGGCGUUGGAGAUCUGCGGCCGCAGAGUUUAUAUGGACUGGCGAAGCAGUUUGCAACCCCGGACAGCAAGCAGUUCGUCAAAUACUACAAUUAUUUCUUUGUGAGUUAUGACAGCAGUGUAGUUUGUGAUGAGAAGUGUAAGGCCCUGCAGAUCUGUGCCAUUAUGAAUCUUGAUCGGGCUUCCUACUCAGGCUGCCUCCAGCAGCACCUUGGAGAGCGCAGGCCCUAGAGCCAGACUGUGUUGGGGCACACGCAGCGCUGGUGUUCCCAAGGCCAGUUUGUGGAUCGUAGUUAAAAUCUUUGUGAGUUACUGAGCGAGCAAACAGAAUGACUGUCUUUGCUUUGUUUUCUAAUCAUGCCCAUGUAUAGAUAUCUGUAACAUUCUACAUUUUUAUUACAUCAAAUAUAUCUAGACAGCCCAUUCACAGAAUUAUGUUUGGAUGUACAUAGCCUACCUUCCCUUUUAUUUGAUUGUAUCUAACUUAUACUUUUGUUGGAUUGUUACUCAUACAAUAAACCAAAAGACUUCUUCUCUCUAA